GAGAGAGAGAGAGAGAGCUACACUUGUUUUCUUUGUCGGUUUUGAGUUGUUAUUUGGAGGUUGAAAUUAAUGGCUGGAAUGCUUCCUGGUGUGGAAUGCGCUCGGAGGAGACGAGUCCAUCAGAGCGGAGAGUCACCGUGCGUCGGCGGCAUCCAUGGCAGCACCAGGCGCUCUUCUUUCUGUUUGUAUGCUAGCAACCAUGAAUCUCACCACACCUCCACCUCUUCACUGCAAAGAAGCAUACUGAACCAAGCAUACAUGGAUGAGAAGCUGGGAGUGGAAGCCAGAGAAGCCAAGGGGAGAUUAGAUGAAAGACUGAGAACACAAAGAAAACCACAACCCAAAAGGCAUACUAAUGGUGGUAACAAGGGACUGAAAUGUGUGGAUGGAGGAGGAAGAUCAUCUGUCUUGCUUGGGGAGUUGCAGAAAGAAGUUUACGGAGCAAACAAGAGUAGUAGUAGUACAAGUGGGUCAAAGAAGUUCAGCUGGUCAAAGCUGACCUGGAAGUCAUCGGACCAGGAUGAGUGUGCAGUCUGCCUGGAGAGGCUCAGGCCAGGUGAGACCCUGGUGCACCUGCCCUGUGCCCAUAGGUUCCACUCUGGUUGCAUGGUUCCAUGGCUUCACAACAAUGCCCAUUGCCCCUGUUGCAGAAUGGAGAUUAUCUCCUAGUAAUUGUAUUGGUAAUUUGGUAAAUGCAAAUUGUAAAAUAUAGAUUGAGCUUGCAGUUGCAGUUGUAGAGUUGGUUUGAAGUUUGAACAAUUAACUUUGUGGUGCUAAUUGUUUGGUUACAAUAUGUUUUUGUUAAAGUGAAUAGUUGCCAAGUA